GAAGUUGCAGCUGGUAACCAGAGGGUGCGCUGAUUCUCUCUCUCUUUCUCCUCCUGCAGCCAGCCUACCAGGACUGAGAGGGACAGGAUCUUACAGCCGGAAGCUUACCGUGGGCGGCUUAGGCUGAGUGAGCAAACUCGGGGAGGAUGCAGGUGAAGAUUGGAAUUAUUGGUGGGUCAGGAAUGGGUGACCUGGACAUUUUGGAGGAGAGGACCGAGAAAAGUGUAGAUACGCCUUUUGGAAAGCCUUCAGAUGUCCUUAUUCUGGGAAAGAUAGACAAAGUUCAUUGUGUUCUCCUUGCUAGACAUGGGAGAGGACACACUAUUAUGCCAACGAAUGUCAACUUUCGAGCAAACAUUUGGGCAUUGAAACAGGAGGGUUGCACUCAUAUUAUUGCGACAACUGCCUGUGGUUCACUGCAGGAAGAAAUCCAGCCUGGAGACAUUGUCAUAAUCGACCAAUUUGUUGACAGAACAACAAAAAGGCAUCAGACGUUCUAUGAUGGAAGUUCAGCAAGUCCAGUUGGAGUUUGUCACAUUUCAAUGGCUGAUCCUUUCUGUAGGAAAUCCAGACAGGUGUUGCUGGACGUUGUAAAGAAACUGGGAAUUAGACACCAUGAGAAGGGGACCAUGGUUACAAUUGAAGGUCCCCGUUUCUCCUCGCGAGCGGAGAGUCUGAUGUUUCGUCAGUGGCAUGGUGAUGUCAUCAACAUGACCACUGUUCCUGAAGUGGUACUGGCUAAGGAAGCCGGUAUCUGCUAUGCCAGCGUUGCUAUGGCAACUGACUAUGACUGCUGGAAAGAGCAUGAAGAAGCGGUCUCUGUGGAAAAGGUCCUCAAAAUAAUGAAGGAGAAUGCAAACAAAGCUUUGAGUAUUAUUCUUACUGCCAUUCCACAGAUUGCAUCCAUGGAUUGGUCUGAGAGCAUCAAGAGUUUGAGAAUCAGUCAGGAAGGUUCAGUUAUGCUGCCAACGCAUUAAAAUUUAAAGAGAUUGGAAGAUGCUUCAACUCCUGAAGACAAUUCACAUUACAACUGAUAUCAUUUGUUGUCUGUUUCCAGUGUGCUACUGUCACUGUGUGUGCAACAUUAAUAAAAAUUCAAACAACUUCCUGAA